UGUGAGAGAAUCAUGGCUGCUCCAAUAGUGAGGUGGCUAAAGAGAUUAUACGUUUACCUAUUGAUUCCCCCCCUUUUUGUCACAGCCUUUUUGAAUUUGGAGGAGUUAAAUGAAAUGAAAUAUGGGAUUCAAAUUCUUUCAGAUCCCGUCAUCUUGGGCCAGGCCAAGGCUGAGGAGGUAAUGAUGGUGUCCAGCAAGUACAAGCAGCUAUAUGAAUGUCGUCUGCCAGCCCAGGCUGUGAGGUUUCAUCAGGACCCUACUGCUGAACCUGAAUCGCAGGCCUACACAGGGCCUGGCAUCCCAGAGCUUCUCAAACCCAUGCACACUGCACCCUGCUUGAUGAAGACGAAGGACUGGUGGACAUACGAGUUCUGUCAUGGACAAUAUAUCAGACAGUACCACCUUGAAGACACAGAAAUCAAAGGCGACGUUCUCUUCCUUGGCUAUUUUGAAUCUGAAUUUGACUGGAGCAAUGAAACGGCAAAGGCCUCCAAGCAGCACCGGCUGAAGCGCUACCACAGUCAGGCCUACAUAAACGGUUCCAAAUGUGAUCUCAACGGAAGUCCCAGGGAGACCGAAGUCAGGUUUGUGUGUGAGGAAGGCACGGGUGACUACAUCGCACGAGUGGACGAGCCUCAGUCAUGCCGGUAUGUGCUGACAGUCCACACCAGCCUUACCUGCCAGCACCCCUUCCUGCUGCCACCGUCCACUGCCAAACCCCAGGGUAUCGUGUGCCAGCCGGCUCUGAGUGCUCAGCAGUACAUGGACUACGUCAAGGCUCAAGUCUCGGACACUAAGCGUAAAGUCGAGCAGAUCUCAGAGGAGCUGAGGAGUCUCGAUGAGAUGUUGGCAGGUAAUGAAGGAGCAGGUGCCACAGUGGAGGCAACAACUGAUGAGGAGUCACCCACACCCACUGGCGACCCCGACCUCACAGGGUCAGAUAGCAAAGACCAUGCUGGUAUAAGUAAGGACGCUGAAGAAGAAGAACCAAAGGACUCUGACUUUUGGGAUGGAGUCACCAAGCCAGAAGGUUCAGAAGAUGCUGCCUCCCAGCAGGAGAGCCAGGCAGCCAACAGUGAAGAUAUGUUAAUGAACAAUGAAGUCAUCGAUGAAGGUGAUGAAGUUGAGAAGUUCAACUUCAGAAUCAUCACGGAACCAGCAGACCUGAUGAAAUUUGUCCAGCACCUCAAAGAGAGCAACAGAAAGAAAACUAAAACCCGAGCCAACAGUCAGGAGGCAGGAGCUGAGAAGAAGCACGAUGAUGAGAUGGACGAAGACGUGCACCUGCUGCAGGAGUUCGAGGAUGAGAUGGCUGACCUCUCCGUGCCCUCGGACAAGAUCGAGGAGAUAAAAGAGGAAAUGCAGAAGGAGUUUGACAACAUCAUAAACGAGGCACAACAGGAGCUGGAGACAGAAGGACUUAAGGGGGAGUUUGACCGCACUCAGGCGACGCAGACACUUGAGACCACCCUUGACAAGCUACUCGACCAUCUUGAGGAUAAAGAAAUCCAGCAGACGGAGCCGCAAACAGAAAGCAGUCAGCGAGCCAGUGAUCCUACAAGGGGAAGUCCCAGCCUGGCCCCCAAACAGCCAGACCAAGCGGCUGACGACCAAGUUAAGAUCAAAAUUACUAAGUAUAAGACGGGCAGCAGCCCCGAUGGGGAGGUCAAAGUUCAGGAGAUGGGAGAAGGCGACCCCCAGUGGCAGCACAUAAAGGACGUGGUUAAAGAGCAGCUAGAAAAAGCAGGACUGAAGGCCGAAGGUAAAAUUGAAGUGAAGAUCUUAACUCGAAAAAAUGCGGAGGAGGCAGGGGAACAGUGGCUGACUGAAGAAGAUACGAAGUCUUUCAGGGAGCUGCUCAUCAAUCUGCUGACUGGAGGCACAGAGGAGGUGUUCAAGGAGCAAAAGCGACAACAGGAACUGGAAAAUAACUAUAAAUUCGUCUGGGGACAGUCGCAGGAGGAGUCCCAGUCCUCCAGCGCCUCUGACUCGGAUGACGUGGACAUCUGAGCACUUAACGUCCAUCACUCCUUGCGACAGUGAACCACCAGACUCCUAUGGAGACUUGCCUGCCGGGGAGCAGCCUCCUGCCGCUCCCCGGCCCGUCAACACCACCCGCUUCCACAUUCACAAGAUGUGUCCUGUCCUCGGUAGGCCUACGUUGUAUGUUGCCAGAUGAACCCCCCAUGCUUCAGUCAGAGAAGUUCAGUUGAGUAAAGUCGCGCCCCCCCCCCUCCAUAAUGGGAGCCAAGGUUUGUGUAGCAAGACAGCCGCUUGGUGUACAAUACGUGUGUGCAUAAUGUACCUGUUCAGAAGUCCUUUAGUAAGUGUGACAGAAUCUGCACGAGCCAGGGAUUUGCGAGCAGCACGCUGUGUAUUUAGUCACAUGACCCGCGUUCGUCCUUUCUGGCGCCGUUCCCGGAAGUGGCUCACCUCCGUACCCGUCGCCCAACACGUGGAAAGGGCUCCGUGGCUUAACAGCUGUGUGAGUGUUUGCACAAGGUGUUGUGUUUGCUGCCCCCCCCCCGUCCGGGACGCGUAGCGGAGGUCGGGAGAAACGGGGCGAGCUGCCGAAAGGAGGGUUUCACACUUCAGCUUUCUCGUUUUGUCGCGUUGCGUUUGGCGAUGAAGAUAAUCGGUGAACACAAGUGUAGACCGUAGUCAUUUUACACCUGAUACUAAAGCACUUUAAAGUUUUGGGAAGACGUCUUUUUAAACAUUCUUCUUUUAGAAUAUUACACCAUUUGGGUUUAAUGCCAUGUGCCCUGAAACGGGGGGGGGGGUGACUUCUGAGCAGUACUGUUCCGCAUCCGACGAGUCGGCUGCUUCCGCCAUGCUGGAGUCACGUGGGUGCACGAGACGCAGCGAACGCCCGUCAAUCAACCGGUCUGCCGAACGGUGAAUCCGCAACGAUUUUGUUUUUCCUCCCCAGGGAUUCUUCGGAGGCGUACUGCAGGGGCUGAAUUUGUAUAAUUUGUGAAUAAUCACUAGUUCUUUAGAUAACGACGUGUAAAUACCCGCUUGACUAUGUUCCCGAGUUGAUAUGUUGUACAUUAACGGAAAUCCAGGAGGCUUGAUUUUAAAUGAGCUGUUACGUCACGAUCUCAUGCAGAACAGUAGGGCCCAGCUAUUGUUCGAACCUGCCAGCCCCUCCAGCUUAGACUAAUGAACGCAAUAAUAAUUACGAUAAUGAAGAUAUUCAGAGAGCUUGAGAAUCGGAGGGCGUGACACCUGACUUGCCCUUCGCACUGUAUGUUAAACGGGAUCUCCUCAACCCUCACUGCUCCUGGCUGCCACUGAGUUUAAGAAUGCACCCGUUUUCUUCAGAACCCCCCCCCCCCCUUCUGCUAAACCUUUGGAGUGGCCGAGACAAACACUAACGGGCUUCCCUCCGCGUUCACGUCCCGUUGCAAGUUUGUCCUCUGCAGAGUUGUGAUGGACGUCGGCUGUCUGAAUAGGCGACCUUUGGCCAACUGUGACACGUCCACGUCAAAAACAGACACGUGAGCGUUGUUGUCAUGUUUAUACAGCGUGCUUCACUGGAGCUACAUCCUCUGGACAAGAACACCGGCCUCAUAUCGAGUCAUAUUGAACUGCCUUGUAAAUAUUGGUCUUUGUAUGCUUACUCCUUGUGAAUUAGAAAUGAAGAAAAAAAUGCCA